GCGGAUUUUACGUAAGGACCGUGAAGGCAGCACGGUGGACGGCCAGUUCCCUCAAAUCCAACAUGAACGCCGCUGUUGCUGUUCGAAGGUUAGCAGCGCUGUCAGGGGCCUCUGCAGUGGUUGCUGGCGCAUACGGGGCUCACGGUUUUAAAAACACCAAUCCUGAUGAUUAUCAACUUAUGCUUUUUGAAACAGCUAACAAGUACCAUUUCUACCACAGUCUGGCUCUGCUUGGUGCUGCCCACUCUCGCAAACCUGCUGUGGCUGGUACCCUCCUGAUAGCGGGCAUGGGGAUGUUCUGCGGGUCAAUGUACUACCAGGCCCUAACGAGAGAUCCUAGUCUCAGCAAGAUGGCUCCUGUGGGGGGCGUUGCUAUGAUCGUUGGCUGGCUGGCCAUCAUACUCUGAAAGUACCAUAGGGCCCGACGUAAGAUUCUGAAGUAUAACACUGCUAAGAGACUAGCAGAGCUGCCAUGUCACUGCGCCUGUUGUAUGACCUGGCACUCCUCUGGUUUGUGGGUGUAAACACGUGAUAAGCUUAUCACUGUUGUAACACCGCUGUCUGUUUGCUGAUCAGAGCCCUUUGUUUAUUUCUUCUCAGUCAUAACCUCCAUUUUGUUACGUGUACAGUGCAUCCGGAAAGUAUUUACAGCGUUUCAUUUUUUCCACAUGUUGCAGGCUUAUUCCAAAAUGAAGUCAAUUCAUUUUAUACCUCAAAUUUCUACUUACAACACCCCAUAAUGACAACUUGUUUUUUUGUUUUUUUUUUUAAAGAUUUUUGUUCAACAACCAAUAUAUUUUAUAUCUGGGGGAAGGGGGGCACAAAACCCCCACACACAACCCUGUGGCAACCCCUUCCACCCCAUCCGAUAAGUCUCCAAUUACAAGUUUCCUACCAAAGCACAUGGGGCAAUGAUUCAAAAAAUUUAAGUGAAAUGAAAAUUAUAAGCUACAGAUAUUCCUUUAUCUUUGCUGCUGUGCUGAAAUGGUACUAGCUUCAGCGUCAUGCAUUUUUGCCACUAAUAGUUCCAUAUUAGUGAUGUCAAAAUAUGUGUUGAUCCAUUGAGUGUUGGUGAGGGCGUGAGGUGUUUUUCAGGGGACAACCAGCACCUUUUUGGCUGCAGUGAUACCUGUCAAGACAGUCCAUCUUUUUGCACCUGUUAGUUUCAGUGAGGUGGUCUCAUUCAAAAGUAACAGUAUGGGAACUUUUUUCACAUUGUCAUUAUGGGGUAUUGAGUGUAGAAUUUUGAGAAAAAAAAUUAACUUCAUCCAUUUUGGAACAAGGCCACAACAUAAAAUGCGGAAAAAGUGAAGCGCUGUGAAUACUUUCUGGAUCCACUGUAAAUAAAAAAAUAUUCACAAACAUUUGUAAUUAUGUGACAAAUCUAAAGCUAUGCAAACAAAAAGUGCAUCACAUCUCUUCUUUAUACUACUUUAUCUUCUUGUACUGCAAUAAAUUCAUUUCUGGAUAGAAUUGAUAUUUUAUAUCAGAGACAAAACUUUAAAAAUCAAUAAACUAUUUUCUCACGU